AUGGCAGCCGCGAUGAACGCGACCAUCGUUGCGAGAGAAAGAGCUGGCUUCGACAACUUCUUCUUCAAUGCCCCCACUCGCUCCUCCUUCUUCCCCGACUCCGCCACAACAUUCGACGGUGAUCUCCCUUCCACGAUCCCCUUCAAAUGGGAAAAUAAACCCGAAAUUCUGAAAACCAAGAGAGAUAAUAAUGAAGAGAAUGAUAAUGAUUUUGAGUUCGAGUUCAGUGGGUCGCUGGAGCGAGCCUCGGUCUUCACCGCUAACGAGCUCUUCGACGGCAGCAAGAUCAAGCCCCUAAAGCUGCCGCCUCAGCUGCAGUUCCCCAAUCACGACUUCGCCUAUUCUCCCAAAUCAUCGAUCAACAAGAAAGCUCUCAGAGAAUCCCUCUCGCCAAGACACAAGAAAAAGGAUUUCAACCCUUUCCAAGCCGCGAUGGAGCGGGCUUUCCAAGAAAAUGCAAGCCAGGAGCGAGGAUGA